GAGAGAUGGCGGGCUGUGAAGCCAUACAUAGACAGCCAUGCUGACCUUCGACGCUCUGUCAAGUCCGAUGGGGCCUCGAAUCCGUGCGUAGCUGGCCUUCGCUCAGUCUGCUGGAAGAUCUUCCUCCUAUCCAAGGAUCAAGGCGAUGGGUGGAAGACUGCGCUUCACCGCGGCAGAGAUGAUUACUCCAGGCGACGCGAUGAGUUCCUCAAGUACAUCAAACAUCCCGAGGCUCUGGCUGAGUUAGCUGUCGACCCUCUGGCAGAUGAGCCCAACUCGCCCUGGGACACGGCCCGGCACGACGGGGCUGUUCGCGCUGAGAUUCAGCAAGAUGUCCAGCGGUUGCCUGAUGAAGUCAACUACCAUGAUGGCGGCAUCCAAACAUUGAUUCUCGAUGUCUUGUUUGUCUACUGCAAGUCCUACCCGGAUCGCGGGGGCUAUCGCCAGGGCAUGCACGAGAUUCUGGCGCCCAUCGUCCAUGUCCUCGAGACGGACAGCAUCGAUGCUACGGCGUCUGGCGGAGCUGCAUCCGUUGACGAGGAGUUGGUGGAACUGGUUGAUGCGUCGUUCCUCGAGCACGAUGCCUACAUCAUAUUUUCUUCCCUGAUGGAGAACGCACAGUCGUUCUAUGCCGUGGGCGACGCGGCUGCUAAGACCCAGCCUGGAGCAAUGUCAUCCCGAGAACAGCAAACGUCCUCGAUAGUGGAACGGAGCAAGUUCAUCCACGAAGUCUGCCUGCGAAAAGUUGACCCCGAGCUUGCAUCGCAUCUCAUCAACGUCGAGAUCCUCCCGCAGAUAUUCCUCAUACGUUGGGUCCGGCUUCUAUUCAGCAGGGAGUUUCCCUUCGAGCAAGUGCUGGUACUCUGGGACACAAUACUGGCUGUCGACCCAUCCUUGGAGCUUAUAGACCUGAUAUGUGUGGCCAUGUUGAUCCGAAUUCGCUGGCAGUUGCUUGAGGCAGACUACUCGGUUUGCCUACAGCUUCUGCUCAAGUACCCACCUCCAAGCGGUCCGCUGGGGCCACACGAAUUUGUGGAUGACGCAGAAUAUUUGAGGAAUCACCUGAAUACAACGGGAGGUGCGACGCUGAUUAUGAAGCAUACGGGGAAACUGCCCGGAGCAAUCAAGACGCCCGAGCCAUCGAGACCCUUGACGCCUAGCCUAGGUUCAUUCAGUAUCCUUCGCCAGCGGGCCAUGGGUGCUAGGUCGCCGCUCAGCUCCCCAGCAGCUUUCAUGAGCCAGCAAGGUGGCGUCGAAGCGCUGUUUCAGGGUGCAGCUAAGGGUGCCAAGGGGAUGCUGGAGAGGGGUGAGAAGCUCGGGAUCAACCAGGCGGUUAGGGACGCCAUGGGAGAGUUCCGGCGGAAUAUGCAAGGUCUUGGUGAGGCUAGGAGCCCGCAUCGCCUAUCGGGAGAGGUUCUCGACAGCGACGGAGGGGCAGCGGCUCUGGCGGCCAUGGAGAAACGCAAUCAGCAACUGGCCAUGAUGCUAGAUGACACGGUGACUAGCCUCAGGGCGAUAUCGGCGGCGGAUUUCGAGGACAAGGAAACGAGCCUUGAGCAGAUUGAGAUUGCGGCCGCCAAAUUGCAGUUUGUCAAGAUAUACUUGGAGGACUCCACAUUGGAUGUGCCAGCCAUGCAGCCCGGUGACGAGGCGGCUCCCGACGCAGCGGAGGCAUCGAGCAAUGCAGAAGGGAAGAAGGAAGCAGACGGGCAGGGCACGGCGGAUGAGGCUCAAGCUUCGUCGCCAAGUCUAGGCGAUGAUGCGCUUGAUACCGAUGCCAACGGCAACGCAUCCCAACCGGCGAAGGAGACACCGGCCGAGGUCAAGCCAACUGCGGCGAGGACCAUACCGAUCAAAAGGGCAGCGCAGUCAAGGGCAGCGCAAGUGGCACGAGGCGCGGUACCAGAGACGACGGAUGCGGCUGGAGGCUCUAUAUCGGCCGCGGCAUCAAAAGCAUCUGCGGCAGCGGGAAGCGGAGGUACAGCAGGCGUGGCAUCGCCAACCGAGGAGGCCAAGACGACUGCAAGGUCGACGCUCGCACAAUCGUCGUUCUCGUGGAUGCUGGAACCAGACGAGCCGGUAGCGUCAGCGGCGUCGUCGGUGGGGAGUAAAUCCGGCACGGUCAGCUCGCCGCCGGCAGCGACGCACAAGAAACGGUCGUCUAACGGGAUAAGCCGCGAGAGAAACGCGUUCCUGUUCGGUGACGGGCCGUCCGAGUCAACGGGGCAGGAUCCCCUAGGCAGGCGAGAUGACCUGUUCAGCAUGGAGCAGCUGGGCAAGAGGUAG